AUGAAAAUUCAUACUGGAGAAAAACGUUAUUCGUGUAAUAUCUGUGAAUAUAAAUGUAUUAGAAAAGUUGACUUGCAAAAACAUAUGAAAAUACAUACCGGAGAAAAACCUUUUUCGUGUAAUAUCUGUGGAUAUAAAAGUAUUACAAAAAGUUAUUUGCAAACACAUAUGAAAAUACAUACUGGAGAAAAACCUUUUUCGUGUCAUAUGUGUAAAUAUCAAUGUAUUCAAAAAAGUAGUUUGCAAACAUAUAUGAAAAUACAUACUGGAGAAAAACCUUUUUCGUGUCAUAUCUGUAAAUAUCAAUGCAUUCGAAAAAGUAGUUGA